AUGUAUCUGAUAACUGUGAUGAAAAAUCAUUCUGCUAUCACUUCCUUCAUCCUACUAGGAUUAACAGAUGACCCACGACUCCAGGUGUUUCUUUCGGUAUUCCUGUUUCUGACCUACAUUUUCACUGUUGUUGGAAAUCUAGUCAUCAUUCUCCUCACUCUGGUGGACUCUCACCUUAAAACACCCAUGUACUUUUUCCUUCGGAAUUUCUCCAUCCUAGAGAUAAUAUUUACAACUGUCUGUGUUCCUCGAUUCCUGUAUAGCAUGACAACUGGGGACAAAAGCGUGACCUAUAAUGCUUGUAUCAUCCAGUUAUUUUUUGUCAUCCUUAUUGGGGCAACAGAAUUUUUUCUCCUAACGACCAUGUCCUAUGACCGCUACGUGGCCAUCUGCAAGCCCCUGCACUACACCGCCAUCAUGAAUGGAAGGAUAUGCACCACUCUUGUCCUUGGCUGUUGGCUGAUUGGGUUAAUUGUCGUACUCCCACCUCUCAGCCUAGGAGUUCAGCUAGAUUUCUGUGACUCCAAUCUCCUUGACCAUUUUGGCUGUGAUGCAUCUCCUCUUCUAAAGAUCGUGUGCUCAGACACUCAAUACGUAGAACAACUUGUUUUAAUCAUGGCUGUGCUGACCCUCAUGGUCACACUCGUCUGUGUGAUUGUGUCCUACACCUACAUCAUCAAGUCCAUUUUAAGGCUCCCUUCAGCCCAGCAGAGACAAAAGGCUUUCUCCACCUGUUCUUCCCACAUCAUUGUGGUCUCCAUCACCUAUGGAAGUUGCAUCUUUAUCUAUAUCAAACCAGCAAAGGAAGGAGUGGCCAUUAAUAAGGCGGUGUCCCUGCUCAACACUUCGGUUAUUCCUCUGAUGAACCCUUUCAUUUAUACGCUACGGAACAAGCAAGUCAAACAAGCCUUCAGGGACUUAAUAAAAAAGAUGGCUUUUCUUUCAAAGAAUUAG